AUGGAUAUCAUUUCACUCUUCACCUUCUUCGCAUUCAUAUUCACCGUCACCGCAGCCUCUCCUGUCUUCUCGUUGGCUACUCCGGCUCGCUACCUCAGCCUCACGAAACUGUUCUUUCGCGAUGUGAUUCCCCCGCAUCUAAUUUGCGCGGAUGGAGAGCACAAUGUGACGUUUGACUAUGGCGACCAGCAUCACCAGGAUGAGAUUAUCUCGGACUGCGCCAAUCUCUCUGAUCAUUUCCAGCAAAUCAGUAACGAGACCGGGAACUUCAAUACCUCAUGCACGCCAGCCUCGCACCCCUUUUUGAUCGCCUCUCACGGUAGAUGUUCUCUCUACAUCGAUUGUCUGACAAACAACACCAACGGAGAUAACGAAACGAUCUCGGCCGAUGCUGUUGUGGUAUUCAUCAAUGAGACAAUCUUCAGAUUCAGUUGGAAUUGGCCUGGUGACAACACGAGUAUCUUGGCCGCCCAUGACACCUUCGACUGCGACUCUCACCACAUGUAUUGGACUUUAGCCUUCAAUAUCAGCGAUUCGGGCUAA